ACUAUGCUGCAGAACUGUAACCUGUGAACCAGUUGAACUUCGGCAGUAAUCUUGACUGUGUGGGUAGAGUGUAAAAAAGACCUUUAAUGCGUGCGAAAGAUUAGAGUUAAAAUACUCUAAAAAAUAAAAUUAAUACUGAAAACAGGUGCCAUAUACGUGCGUGUAGUGCAGAGUGAAAUCAGUCAAUAAAAUGGUUAGAUUUUCGAUAGUUGCUCAGAUUUUGAUUGUUGUGUUUGUAUUGCUGGACAUAUCAUUAGCUCGUCCCCCAAUUAUUUUCAUGGACGAACCUAGAAAUAAAACUAGAAUUUUGACAAAUCCCCCAAGAGAAGCAAUCGUUGACAACACCAAUAUUGUAUUUCCCGAAGACCUGACCAAAUCGAAACCUAAGACCGGUUCCAUAUCUAGAGACGAUAUUAUGUCCAAUUGCACAGAACAAAUGCCGCUGUGUGAAUACGCGGUAUCAUACCCCCAUGAACAUUUAAAGAUAGUGUUAACUCGGAAUACGAUCUACAAGGAACUGUUUGGUGAAGAUGAGAGUCCAGAAGUGUCAAAUAGGAUAGGUGAAGUUGAUGACGACAUUUACAUGUGUCGGGCUACCAGUACAACAAUCUUUCCGAAACAAGGACUCAACAGAAACAACCAAUGGAAAUAUAUCAUCAAUCAGGAUGAUCGGGAUUUCAGACAAGGAGUUCGCAUUGAACAAUGCAAAAACUUUGGCCUUGGAUGCGAUAUUCCCGGUCAGAAUCCAUUGAAUUUGUUUGGUUACCGUACGUAUUGUAAGCAGAAAUACAUUUAUAGGCGAUUGUUAUCAGUCAGCGGAGACGGAAUGCCGAUCCCGGAUACCUUCAGGAUACCAUCCGCUUGUUGCUGCGCCUACAAAAAAAACUCUGGAAGAAGUUCCAUUCGUAAUUUCACCCCCGCAAAGAGAAGCAGAUGAGAGCUGGAUUCUUCUUAAAGCCCAUUAUUUCUUCAACCAAACUACCAUGAGAGCCUCCCGAAAAUUGCGAUAAGAACUGAUUACUACAUACCUUUUUUUUUCUUAAUUACUUUUGUUUCCAAGUAAUAAAUAGACUGAAAAUAUCUAAUCUACGGACUGAAAAUAUAAACAAACUGAAAAAAAAAUGAAUUAAGAAUGAAUAUUAGACAUUUUUGAAGAGGUGUUAAAAUUGUACCUUUGCGUCGCGUCCGUCGUCUAGAAUUUCGUUUUAUUUGGAAUAGGCAUCUAAACCGCUAACACAGAGGGAAUACUAUUUCCAGCAAAAUGCCGU